AUGUGUUCCGCCGACAUCUUCCUCGGCGUCCUCGCCAUCCUCUUCCCCCCGCUGCCCGUCUGGGUCAAGUGCGGCCUCUGCAGCGCAGACUCCCUCAUCAACAUCCUCCUCUGCCUCCUCGGCUUCAUCCCCGGCCUCCUCCACGCCUGGUACAUCAUCGCCAAGUACCCCGAGCCGCCCUACGAGUACGACGCCGUCCCCAACGAGCGCGACGGCGGCAGCGGCCGCCACGGCAACAACCGCGUCACGUACGUCUAUGUCCAGACCCCGCCGGGGCCGCACCACCAGCAGCCCAAGCCCCAGGACGGCCGCAUGAACUACGGGACUACCUCGCAGUCGCCUCAGCCGCAGCAGCACGGGGUUGCAAACUCGGGAGAGGGCAGCUCUGAUCAUCAUCAGGGCGUUCCGCCUUCGUAUGCUGAGGUUGUUGCUGGCGACCACAAGGUGCAGACGCGGGAUUAA